AAAAAAAGUGAUAUAUAGAAUAUUUUUUUGUAAAUAUUUUCGAAACGAUUUUAAUUUGUUCAUCAAGUGGAUUCUUCGCUAUCGCUUAAACAAAAAUUAGAAAGGAUUUAACUUUUUUUUCUAAUUUGGAUUUUUAUAAUUUUUUGCAUCAAAGACAAAAAAAACUAAGAAUAAAUAAAGCACAAUGGCCUUAAUAAUGAAAUAUAUUGAUAGCAUGCAAAGAUACAUGGACUCACAUGGCGAUUCUAGGACAAAGGAUUGGCCAAUGAUGUCAUCACCAUUUCCAACACUAGCGGCAUGCCUAACAUAUGUUUACCUUGUCAAGGUUGUAGGUCCCCGAUUAAUGGAAAAUCGCAAACCAUUCCAUCUGCAAUACACACUAAUAGUUUAUAAUUUAGCACAAGUAAUAUUUAGUGCAUGGCUGUUUUAUGAGAUAGCUUCUUCCGGUUGGCUAACGGGACAUUAUAACUUCCGAUGUCAGCCAGUCGACUAUAGUAAUAACCCUAGAACAUUAAGGAUGGUGAACGCAUGCUGGUGGUACUAUUUUUCAAAAUUCACAGAGUUCAUGGACACGAUGUUCUUCGUGUUGCGAAAGAAGACUAGCCAAGUUACUACUUUACAUGUAAUUCAUCAUGGAUGUAUGCCAAUGUCUGUUUGGUUUGGAGUUAAAUUUACACCAGGUGGUCAUAGUACGUUCUUUGGUCUCCUAAAUACGUUUGUUCAUAUUGUGAUGUACACAUACUACUUAUUUGCUGCCAUGGGACCACAAUACCAAAAGUAUUUGUGGUGGAAGAAGUAUCUCACUACUCUUCAAAUGAUUCAAUUUGUUGCUAUUAUGGUACAUGCCUUCCAAUUAUUAUUUAUUGAGUGUAAUUAUCCAAAGGCAUUUGUGUGGUGGAUUGGAAUGCAUGCUGUUAUGUUUUUCUUCUUAUUCAAUGAAUUCUACAAAUCCACCUACAAAGGAAACAAUAGGAAGUACAAGAAUCUUCUUAUGUUCGUCUUGCAAAGACGUGACAAAAGCUAUGUAGAAACGAAUGGUCACUGCAAUGGUGAUGCCACAUCAUCAUCAUCAGCAUUAACAGAAAAGACCACCACAUCCAAUGGCCAUUGCAAUGGUGGUACAAAAUCAACGUACGACAAGGCGCAAUCGAAUGGCGUCAAAUCAGCGAUGAAUGGCAGUCUAAAUGGCAGCCUCUCCAAUGGAGUACACAAAAAUGGUUCUGCGAUCACCGCGAAUGGUGGUCAUCACCUGCACAACAACGACUCACCCACGGGACUGGUACAUCGGAAAAUUCAAAAAUAAUAUUAAUUUAUUUUAUGUUUAAUUUUUUUUUAUUAUUAUUGUAAAAUUAUAUUAUUAUAAUUUCUUUUUUUUUUUUGUUUUAUAAAAAAAUAUUAUUAUUUUUUUUUUUCAUUUAAUUUUUUUGUUUGUUUUUAGUUGUUUUUAUCUAGACUUAAAAAAAAAAAAAAACUAAAAUAGUGAUUGUAAAAAAAAAAAUCUGCUACAAAAAUCGUUACAAAAAAAAAAAUAAGAAAACAAAAAUCAAAACCACACACAUUAAAAUAAAUCAAAUCAAAAUCAGUAUGUAAAAAAAUUAAAGUUAAAUCAAAAACAAAAACAAGAAAAAAGAAACAAAAAAAUCAUUCAUAAUAAAUUAUGUUAAGGGAAAAAUUGUAAUAAUGUUGGUGUAAAUUACUUUAUAGUAAAAGUUUUUAAUUAUAAUCAACUGUAAAUUACACAGAAAAAGAGAAAAUCUUCACAUACAAAAGCAGAAAAGAUAACUUUUUGUUAAUAUUUUUUUUUUCUAAACUUAUUGAAAAAGUUUAACAACUAAAAAUACAAAAUAAAAAAAAAACACACAAUUUUUACGGUGUAAGGUAAAAACAAAUUAUACUUUCUUUUGUAUAUUCAAUAGCAGGAAGGGUAUUCCAUGAAAAUACAAAUAUUAUUUAAAAAAAAAAUAAUUUUUUUAAUUUUGUCUUAAACUUAAAUAAAAUAAAAGUGUGAUUUAGUUUGUCCAUAAGUUUAUACAUAUACAAAACAAAAAAUUAAAUUAAAUUUUAAACAAAAUAAUUUACACACCCAUGUUCAAAGUUCAAACAAAAAAAAUACAAAAUUAAAUUAAAUUUAAAAAAUUGUGCAAAAUUUAAGAAAAAACAAACACACACACGAUAUAAAAACAAUCGAAACCAAAAAAACUAGUUUCUUUUUCAUACAAGCUGAAAAAUUAAAUCAUACCUUUUAAGUUAACUGCAUAUGAAUAUUAGACAAACAAAAAAAAAGAAAAAAUAAUAAUCUUUAAUAAACAAUAUUUAGGAAGUGAUUUUCUUAAUUAUUUGUUGUUAAUUAUUAUUUAUUUAUUUUUAACACUUUUUUAUACGCAAGGGCUUAAGUUUUUUUUUUUAAUAAAUUUUCUAUACUUUUAAUGCGUGUUUAAUGGGCCAUUUGUUCAAUCAUUAUUAUGUGAGAGAGCCAGCUAAACAAAUUAGAUUAUAUAAAUAAAAAUUGUAAUAUAGAAAUUGCAGAUAAAAAAUAAAAAUAUAAAAAAAUAGAAAGACAUAAGAAAAAGAUAAAAAAAAAAACUACAAAAAAGUUUGCGAACCAAAAAAAAAAAAGUAAUAAUAAUAAUAACUAAACUAAAAUUUUGUUUACUAUGAAAAAUUUGCAAUAAUGUUGAGGAGAAGAAAAA